AUGUUGAAUACUUUCUGUGGCUCUUUCGCAUACGUUGCACCAGAGGUGCUGGCGAACAAGGAGUAUUCUGGGAGUGCUGCUGAUAUUUGGUCAAUGGGUGUAAUUCUGUAUGCACUGCUAUGUGGUCGCCUACCAUUUGACCCUACCAAACCCGAAGAACUUCAACAAACAGUUGGUAAAGGUUUAUUUGCAGUUCCUGAUGGUCUAAGCAAAACUAGUCGACAUCUCCUUAAUCAAAUGAUAUGUGUCGACCCGAAAAAGCGUAUAAAAAUGGACGACCUUCGACGUCAUCCAUGGGUCGUUGAAGGUUUUAUGGGUCAUCCUGUGGAUUUAGAUGAAGAGAAAAUCCCGAUGUCGCCACUGAACAUGCAGAUUGUUGCUGAAAUAACUGCCUAUACUCGAAUUCCUAAAGUGGAGCUAGCUAGAAUGUUACAAAAGCGUCCAUAUGAUUAUAUAAUGGCUACUUAUAUGAUUAUGGAGUCAGUUUUAGAAGAAGAAGAUGUUUUCAUUCGACUACAACGUCGUAGUAAUGGACUGCCGUCGAAUAAUCCACUGCCACCAUCUCGACGACAUUACACCCUAUCUUGUCGUCAAUUUCAAAGUGAUAAAAUUUCAGGCCCAACUCCUACAAGUACUCCAUUGCAUUGUGGUGGUGUUGGUGGCGUUAGCGGUGCUGGUGGGCCUAUGAUUCAUUCAUCUGUGCCCAGUGUACCAUUGCAUGUUCGAUCGAAUAAUAAUAAUAACAAUAAUAAUAAUUCAAUACAUGCCGCUUAUAUUGAUGAAUCAAGCAAUUCUGAUCUACUUACUGAAGAAUCUGGUCAAAUAGAUAAAAACGCGAAGUUGAACAAUACCUCUUUGUCGCCGUCAAAGCACAGCAUAUUCACUUCUCAGAAUAACAAUAAACACCGGAAUAUGCCUACAAAAGACGAUAUUGAAAAUUUUCCACCCCAUUCACUUUAUCGUGAUCCAUCAGUUUCAAUUAAUCGGAAAAUUCAACCUGUUCGAGUACGUAAUCGACCAUUUCAUCUUUAUCUACUUCGGAUAACGCGUCGAGAAGAUCAAGAGCAGUUAAAACCCAAUAUAUGCCAGACAUUUUGCAGUAGUCCAGGGUAG